UAGUGGUCCGACCGCAUUCUUCUGUGGUAACGAAUAAUCGUAGCAUUCGAAGUUUGAAUAUUCAAAACAAGUGAUAAGUGAUUUCUUUGCUCUGAAAGCUAAAUAUGAUCUUAGUAUAAAAAUGCAACGAUGCCAAUCCUUCACCGGUUCUGCGAAAAAGGCUUAUCAUAAGUCGGAAUUCUCUGAAAUAAUAACACUUGAUCAACUAAAUACAAUUAUACAAUAUACAUAUAUGCAGAUGCACAAAGUGUUGUGAAUCUUAGAGCCUGGUCCGGACUUUGGGUCAAUGGGGUGAAUUGUGUCGUAAUCGUAAUUGCUGCACAUAUGUACAGUUGUUUCCUCAGUACUGCGGUGAAUUAGAUUUUCACUAUACUAAAAAUUGGUCGAAGCGUAACUUUAGUGUUCUGUCCAUCAAUUUCAAAAAUUGAAUCUAAAAAAUAAAAGGAUCUCUAUAUUCUACAAUCUCUGCUAUUAAAUUGUUCAAGGAAUGUUCAUUUUCCCAAUCAGUCAGACAUCUUGACUGUUAUAACAAGUAAUUUUCCACCGCACUAUUGGGGGUAAUUCGCAUACAAACGAUCAGAGAGGCGUCUGUCAUUAAUCAUGGCUCCUCCAGGGUGAUUUAGACGAAGCUCCAGCUAAUUAUCGCGAUAAUAAAGCGAAUAGCCAAACAGUCUGCGAAACUACUUCCCGCUGUGAGGAGGAUUUAAAAAGAUGAGAAAUCUAUCUGUAUUAAGUUGUUUGCUGUUUGCGGCUUGCUUGUAUCCUACCGAUGGCAAAGUUUUCCAGAAAUGUGCAUUGGCAAAGCUGUUGGAUAAUCAGCAAAUAUCAAGGACGCUAAUUUCCAACUGGAUCUGCAUGGUUAAUGCCGAAAGUGGCGCUGAUACGUCGAAAAAGGUUACCUUGGACAACCUCACUAGCAGUUAUGGAAUCUUUCAGAUCAACAGUAAGGAGUGGUGUCGCGUGGGACGCAAAGGUGGCAAAUGCAACAAAAACUGUGAAGCAUUCCUAACCGAUGAUAUUACCGAUGACAUUGAGUGUGCCAAGCAGAUACACAAAGAUCAAGGUUUCUCCUACUGGAAGGGUUGGGUCAACAAGUGCAAACAGAAAGCCCUGCCGGACAUCUCAAUGUGUUGGAAGUGAGGGCUCGGCAGCAUGGACACAAUUGGAGCGAGGGCUGUUCCAGCAGAUGUCGGUGGGAGGUAAAUAUUUGUCUAUUAUGAGUCUCAAGUGGAAUGUAGGAAAAGUUCAGUGUCCGUCGAUGAUAAAAGUUCAAAUAAUUUACUGUGGAAUACAUGAUUUAGGA